UCAGAAUAGCUGGCCCUGAGAGUGUCCCUGGAUUCUUGCUGACAUGGGCUGGUUCAACGUCACUCACCCUGCUUCCUUCCUCCUGACUGGCAUCCCUGGUCUGGAGAGCUCUCAUCCUUGGCUGGCAGGGCCCCUGUGUGUGAUGUAUGCUGCGGCCCUUGUGGGAAACACAGUGGUGCUGCAGGCUGUGCGAACAGAGCCCAGCCUCCAUGCACCCAUGUACUACUUCCUGUCCAUGUUAUCCUUCAGUGACAUGGCCAUGUCCAUGGCCACAUUGCCCACUGUACUCAGAACCUUCUGUCUCGAUGCCCGCAACAUUGCUUUUGAUGCUUGCCUAAUCCAGAUGUUUCUCAUUCACUCUUUCUCCAUGAUGGAGUCAGGUAUUCUGCUGGCCAUGAGCUUUGACCGCUACGUGGCCAUUUGUGAUCCACUACACUAUGCCACUGUGCUCACCAAUAAAGUCAUUUCUGAGGUGGGUUUAGCAGUCACUGCUCGGAGCAUUAUCACCCUGUUUCCUCUUCCCUUCCUCAUCAAGAGGCUUCCUAUCUGCAGAUCCAAUGUUCUUUCCCACUCCUAUUGUCUGCACCCAGAUAUGAUGAAGCUUGCCUGCGCUGAUAUCACCAUCAACAGCAUCUACGGACUCUUUGUCCUCGUGUCUACUUUUGGCAUGGACCUGUUCUUUAUCUUCCUCUCCUACGUGCUCAUUCUGCAGUCUGUUCUAGCCAUUGCUUCCCGUGAGGAACGCUUCAAAGCUCUCAACACAUGUGUGUCUCAUAUCCUGGCUGUACUUGCCUUUUAUGUACCAAUGAUUGGGGUCUCCACAGUGCACCGCUUUGGGAAGCAUAUCCCACAUUACAUCCAUGUCCUCAUGUCCAAUAUCUACCUCUUUGUGCCUCCUGUGCUAAACCCACUCAUUUACAGCGCCAAGACAAAGGAGAUCCGGCGAGCCAUGGUCCGCAUGUUUCACCGCCUCAAAGUGUGACUUUCUGGUGGGCUUUGGGUAUGACAUUUAUUCCGGCUAUAGGAUU